AUGACCGAAAAUCAACAUGCAACAAAUGGUGUUGCUUCUGAUGAUCAAAUGAAUGAUGAAAAGUAUGAGUGCACUGAUACUACCCUCACUACUACAAAUAUAUUUAAAGAAGAAUCAGAUUUAAUUAAUCGUAUACGAGACAUUCUCCAUUUGGAUGAAGAAAUUCAACAAUCGAAUGAUGAUCAUUUACCACCUAAAAAACAUGAACGAAAAUUGAGUAUUAACGGUAUUACAUUAACAGCAGCCACACUUGAAUUUAAAAUUGAACGAGCAAAACAAAAAUUUGGUGCCGGAAGUAUGGAAGAAGCAUUUUAUGAAUGUUGGAAAAUACCACCGGAACAAAGAACAUUGGAAAUUUGGAAAUUAGGCGCGGAAUGCAGCAAAAAACUUCGUUGUUUUGCUGUAGCUGAAAAAUGGUUUUCCGAAGCGAUAAAUGCUUGCCGUUCUCAUAAUACUAACUUAAAUAUCAAACUUGAACAAGCACGUAUUGCCCGAUUUUAUUCUAUCUACCUUACACGUUAUCCAAUGAUUGAUAUACGAGUUGACGAGCGGGGCAAAGGUAUUUAUGCUAAACGAGUUAUUUCAACAGGUGAGGAUAUAUUUACCGAUAUUCCAAUUGUUCAUUCCCAAACAGUUGAUACACUAACAAUAUCACCAGCUUGUGCCACAUGUACAACAUCGUUACUAACACCAUCACUAUAUUUUGAAACAUCUUGGUUACAAAUGUCCGAUAAACUACACAAACAAAUUGAAGAUAAUUGGCCAAAAAUUACUAUUAUUCCUUGUACUGGAUGUCAUUAUGAGAUUUAUUGUUCAGAAGAGUGUCGUUUAAAAGCUUGGAAUUCGUGUCAUCGUAUUCUGUGUCCAUCGAACAAUUCAGCAGCUGUAGAACUUUAUCAAUUUUGUGCUAAUAGACAGACAAUUGUUCGUGAAACAUGGAAUAGUAUAUUUUCUCCAAUGAUUAUCGCUAAAUUAUGGGCAAUGAUUAUAAUUGAUACUGCUGAUCAUCUCACAAAUGAUAACACAUUAUCUUCAUCAAUUCCAAAUGGUAUUGAAACAUCGACAGCGAUUGAACGAACAAAGGAAAAAUUUUCCGAAUUUAUUUCUACAGGUGACGAGACCUAUAUUCACACUAUUCCUCGUAUGUUACGAAUAAUGCAAAAUAUAUUCGAUCAUUCAUCUUUACCAUUUCACUAUGAAAUUGAUGAAAAAGAAUUUAGCUAUCGUUUUUAUCAAAUUGCAUGUAAUGCUCAAAGUUUUUCAUCACCUACAUAUGCCGCUACGAUCUAUUCCCAUUUUCUAUUUAAUAUACGUAAUGAUCGUAAUUUCUGUCAUAUUUUACAAAAAUAUUUGCAUGGUGAACCAAGAGAUCAAGUAUUCGGUGGUCUAUUUUUAUUACAAUCGUCUUUAAAUCACUCAUGUGAUAAUAGUGUUGAAAUAAUGGAUUGUCAAGUGACACCUGAACAAGCUGGUGUUAAAGUAAGAUGUAAACAUCAACUGAAACCGGGUGAUGAAUUAACAAUUAAUUAUGUUGAUUUGGCAUUAAGCAGACGUGCCAGACGAGCAAUGUUAAAGCGUGCCUAUAAUUUUUGGUGUGAAUGUAUUCGGUGUCGUUUUGAAGGUGAUGAUUGUAAUUCAUGUACAGAAUGUCGAAAAUAUUCGGAAAAUGAUAGAAAAUCAUUUCCAGCAUGUAGUCGAUGUCGAGCAGCAUGGUAUUGUUCAGCCGAUUGUCAAAAACGAGCAUGGAAACAUGGACAUAAAAUUAUUUGUAGAGAUUGGACAAAAGAACGAAGUUCAUCGUCAACAAAUUAA